GUUUCACAGGCUACACCAAGUUCAUAUCCAACGUCGACAUGUCUCGAAGUGUUGUUGUAUCCUACGAAUUGCAUCCUCCGUCGGACGUUGUGCCUAGUGGCCUUUCAACUUCGAAAACCCAUAAAUUUCCCUUGGCGGACGGGAGCAGCAUACCACAGUAUUAUGACGCCCUACGUCAAUCAAUUACACAAGCGAAAGAUACCGUUGGGGAGGAAUUGACAACAUGGAGGGAUGCUGUUGGAGGCAGAGAGGCGGACAAGGAGCCAAAGACACUGAAGGAGGAUGACGAGGAAGAGAAUGAAGAAGAUGAGACAAGUGAUUGAGUGUGCGAGAGAGUGAUUAUGUAUACUGGAGACUACUGUAAUCUCAUCAACUGAGCCUCUUGUUAGAUACCACUAUAGAUAUCUGGGCGAGGCAGAACGU